AACGGGAGCGGCGUGCCAGGGGGGCAGCUCUACGUCAGGAACUGCACCGAGCCAGCUCUCCACGAGUUCCCCAAUGACAUCUUCACCAACCAGGACAGGAGACAUGGAGCUGUGGUGCUGCACGUCCUCUGUGCUGUGUACAUGUUCUACGCCCUGGCCAUCGUCUGCGACGACUUCUUCGUCCCCUCGCUGGAGAAGAUCUGCGAGCGCUUGCAUCUCAGCGAGGACGUGGCUGGGGCAACUUUCAUGGCAGCAGGCAGCUCUGCUCCCGAGCUGUUCACAUCUGUCAUAGGUGUUUUUAUCACAAAAGGAGACGUAGGCGUCGGAACCAUCGUGGGCUCGGCUGUAUUCAACAUCCUCUGUAUUAUUGGCGUGUGUGGGCUUUUUGCAGGACAGGUGGUUGCGCUGUCGUCGUGGAGCCUCCUGAGAGAUUCCAUCUACUACACGCUGUCCGUGGUUGCCCUCAUCGUGUUCAUUUACGAUGAAAGAGUUUCCUGGUGGGAGUCCUUAGUCUUAGUGCUGAUGUACGUCAUCUACAUCUUUAUAAUGAAGUACAACUCAACCAUACAUCACUGCUUUGAGAGGAAGACAAAAAACUCUGCAAACAUGGUGAAUGGUUUAGCAAGUAACACGGAAAUGGACGACAACAGCAACUGUGAUGCCACAGUGGUGUUACUAAAGAAAGGUAACUGUUCCAGAAAUUUCCACCGUAAAGCCUCAGUGAUCAUGGUUGAUGAGCUGCUCUCUGCCUACCCACACCAGCUUUCGUUUUCCGAGGCUGGGCUGCGGAUCAUGAUAACCAGCCAUUUCCCUCCCAAAACACGUCUCUCCAUGGCCAGCCGCAUGUUAAUCAAUGAGAGGCAGAGGCUGAUCAACAGCAGGACUUACACCAACGGUGAGUCAGAAGUAGCAAUCAAGAUCCCCGUCAAGCACGUGGUGGAGAACGGGACGGGCCCCGGCAGCGCUGCGGAGCGCGGCGUGAACGGCACGCGGCGGGACGAGGACGCGGCCGAGGCCGGCAACGAGAACGACAACGAGGACAACGAGAACAACGAGAACGACGAGGAGGAGGAGGAGGACGACGACGAUGAUGAUGACGACCAUGAAGGGCCAUACACACCUUUUGACCUACCCACUGGCAAGAUGGAAGUGUUGAAGUGGGUCCUCACAUGGCCCUUGAGUUUUGUCCUGUACUUCACAGUGCCCAACUGUAACAAGCCCCACUUGGAAAAAUGGUUCAUGGUCACCUUUGCUUCUUCAACCCUGUGGAUUGCAGCUUUUUCUUACAUGAUGGUGUGGAUGGUGACAAUCAUUGGGUACACACUGGGAAUUCCAGACGUGAUCAUGGGCAUCACCUUCUUGGCAGCAGGAACCAGCGUGCCAGACUGCAUGGCAAGCCUUAUUGUGGCCAGGCAAGGUAUGGGGGAUAUGGCCGUGUCCAACUCCAUUGGAAGCAAUGUUUUUGAUAUUUUAAUUGGCCUAGGCCUGCCAUGGGCUUUGCAGACCCUAGCAGUGAAUUAUGGAUCAUAUAUUCGGUUAAACAGCAGAGGACUUAUCUAUUCUGUUGGUCUCCUGCUGGCAUCAGUUUUUGUCACAGUUUUUGGUGUCCACAUGAACAAAUGGAAACUGGAUAAGAAGCUAGGGUGUGUGUGCCUUUCCCUUUACGGCAUCUUCCUGUGUUUCUCCAUCAUGACAGAAUUCAAUGUUUUCACCUUUGUGAACUUGCCCAUGUGCAGAGAUCACUGAUGCAGGUGGCAGCUGUGGGCAGGAGCCUCCUCUUUACCUGUGCAAUACGAGCCACGGCCCGCGGCCCCUGGAUGCAGAGCACCGCCGGGUGGUGUCCCAAAAAUCUCCUGCUCACUGCUCAUAGGACCCGUGGCCCCACCCUCUCCCUGGCCCCCACCUCCUGGAACAAUCCUGCAUCCAUGUGAAGAGUGGUUUUCAACAUCCCUGUGAUUUCCUAGCUCAGUCUUUGACAGUGUGACUGGGACUCAAGAUGAACUGGCUGCUAACUGGCAUUAAGCCAGUCAAAACUGGUCUGCUACAAUUCCUUCUUUUUUUAAGUUAUUUGAUGGAAGACUAAUUAAUUUAUGACUUAAGACUAUUGCUACAAUGCAGAAGAGGGUACGUCGUAUGGAGGUUGACUUCAAGGAGAAUCGUGAGAAUUUUUUUUUUUGUUGUGGACGGUGUUUUUUGUUUGUUUUUAGCUUUUAGUUUUGGGUUUGCAGGGGUUUUUUGUUUGGGGGUGGGGGUGUUGUUUUUGUUCUUGUUUUGUUUUUUUUUUUUUUUUUUUACUUGCCAGAGAUCAACGUUCUCUCUUGCAUCUUCUCCUCCUGUAACAAUCCAAAGGCCACAGGGCAGUGUAAAAUGGAAAUGCAAUCCAAGGUACUCAGCAUAAGAAUGGAUAAAAGAAGAUUGUCAAGGCAAAAACUGAUGACUUUUUACUAUAAACAGUUAACCUUGUACAGGUUUGUUAAAGAAUGCAAGCUAAAUGUGGAUUCAAAGGGUAAACACUGCUACCAUUUUACUAUGAAUGUUGGAGUUUUAUGACUACAGUGUUUGCUAUUUCCAAGCAAUAGUUUGAUCGCCAGCCCAGGAGGGCUUACCAAGCAGGUGUCCUGGUUUUUAAUGGUCUGCACGUGGAAGUGGAAGGUCAGAACUUCCUCUGCUUCAUCAGAUUUCUUCUUUUGGGGGGAUUCAGUAGUUCAUGUCUUACUCGUUCCGCGGAGGACAUAAGUACAUGUGAAAACUUUUGUAAAUGAGUUACAGACACUGGUUUCUUUAAGAGGAAGGAGGCAUAUUUUGCACAGACGUAGUUACCGAAGUCAUAAUCUGCCAUUCUUUAAAGAAUACACUGGACCUGGUGAGAUAUUUGUCAUCUUAAGCAGUUGAACUUACCUGAUAAAAGAUCAUGUGUGUUCAUCACCCCUCCUUUCGGGAGAGAGGAAGACACAGAGGUGGCACAUUUUAAAACGUGGAAUAUCUUCAAUGCAGACUCGCUCACGGAUCUUAAGUUAUUGUGAAAGUUUAGCUAUUCAUUGUUCCAAUAUCCCUGCUAGAUUUUGUAUAAUUCUGUAUUAAUAUGCAGGCAGAUUCCACCCCGAGAAACACCAUCACUGCUUCAUUUGUAUGUAUUGAUACUGUGGGUUCUGGCCACUGCGGCUCUUGUAUUUACUUUAAGCACUGAUCACUUCUGAUCCAUUUGGUAUGUUUUUUCCUCUUGUAUAUGUUCUGCUAUGAAAUGUAUUAAGAGACUACCAGCUAGAUGAAUGUUUUUGUCUAUGGUACGAACAGUGGCAAAUAAUAGUAAAGGUACAGCAAACCCAAUGUAGCAGAAAGAAAGGAAAAAAUCCCGAAACACCAAACCCUAAACUAUAGCAGGAAAAGAAAGAGCUCCAGUUUAAAAGAAAAAAGAAGAGAACUAUGUUCUGUUCACAGACGAAAACCCAAUUUUUAUUUCAUUUGCACUUUUGGAAUUGAUUUUUUCAAUCUGAUUCUCUUUGGGCAAAAUGUUGUAAGUGAAAAGAUUUACACCCUGUGGUUUUCCUUCAGCUCAGCAGCUGUUUUUCUUUGUCUGUUACACCAAACACAUGGAGGCACUGGCAGCUCUGGCACUGUGCGUGGCAGCCAAACCCUGUGGAAGAAGCCACAUCCCACUGGCCUCGCUCGGGGAACAACGUGUGUGCUGGUGGAUCCCUGGCAAGAAAGAGGAAGGGUCCAGGGACAGACAGUGUAGAGAGAGUGGAUGGCAUGCCUGCAUCACCAGUUUUCAUCCUGGGAAGCAAUUGUGUUGCUGCUUGUUGAGCUCUGCAGCUGAGGUUUGAGCAGCCUUCUGGUACCUGUGCCCACGGGACAUCCUGUUGCUUUAGGAAGCCCACUGUACCUUCCUGUUGUUGGGUUUUUGUUCCUUCUGUUGUUGUUGUUAAUGAGAUGAAUAAUAAUAAUAACAACCACUAAAAUGCCUAAAAUACUUCCUUUAAUCAAAUGAUGCUUGCAACGAUGUGUCACUACAGCCACCCCACAAACACGCAGCUCCACUUCAUAGCAAGAUGCAGUUGCUCCUAAGCAGAGUGUGUCCUUGUUGAUAAGGGGAAGGAAAAAAAGAAGUUUCAUAUCAGGGCCUAUUAUUUCUUCUAUUUUGAAUAUUUAUACUGCUGCUCCAAUGGAGCCAGUUGGAUCUAUUUCUGCGAAAUAGCCAUUACCUAUCCCAUGGCACAAAAACUGCACGAGUAUUUUUUAGGAACUUUUCCUACUGGUGUGCAUUAAAUACUGUAGUAAUUGUAGCUUUGUGUUGUGUGUAAAACCUGAAAUACCUUGCUUUGAUACUUGUGUGUGUUGCCAGAAUGUUCUGCAAGCAGCUGUGUUGUAAGCAGAAGCAAAGAGUCCCUGGAGCUGCCAUCCCCUGUGCCGCAGAUGGCUCGAUAAACACGUCCUGGAGCAGUGCUUCCUGCCAGGGGGGCUGCUGGGGGGAAGGAGGGAGCUGAGGGGCUCUGAGCUCUGCUGGGGCUGGGGGCUGCAGGGAGCCAUGGGGGAAGCUGGGCUGCCUUGGGUAUUUUCAGCGUGGCUGUGAUUUCAUUUGCAGUUUGAAAGCAAGGGUCACCUUGGCGUGCGAGGCUGCUCUGGCUCUUGGACCAGUCGACUGUUUUUGUUUCCAUUCCUUGCAAUUCCAGAUGAUCUUCAAUGAGUGUUUCAAAGGGAGAUUAAAGAGGCUUUUCCUCCAUGGAGAGGCUUCACUGCAGUUCUGACUUUGACUUAAAUAUGUGAUCCUUGGCUUGCUUCAGAUCUGCUUGACAUGGAUGGCCUUCCUUUGACAGUGGUUCAAAGGCAGAGUGAUAGGAGAGGGUGUGAUAAGAGAUGGUCUUAAGACAUGCUGGGAAAACUGCUUUUGUCCUGACCAAAGGUGAAUUUUUUACUUGCCUUUUAUUCCCCUUUUUUUUUUCAAUUUUUGUUUUUCAUGUGCUGCACUUUUUAGUAGACUUUUUCUGUGAUAAUAACACCAAUAUGAAAUGUGUGCAUGAGAGAUUUUCACUUGCAUAAUUUGUUGGUUUUGCUGUGAUGCCACUUGCAUGCUUAGUUUCCAGCUCUCUGUCCUCAGCUGUGUCACUGAAAUCAGUGGAUUAGCUUUGGAUUUGUGGUGUGGUGCUCAUGGAGAAUGAGUGCAGGACUGGUUUUUUUUCUUGACAAAACAAAGCAGCUAGAAUGGCAGUCAAGUUUUAGAAAAAACAACAUUCAAGGCAGGUGGAGCAACCUGAAGGUAACACUUAAUAAAUGCCCUGCUGUCAGAACAGUGAUUUUUAUAUUUUUUUUCCAAAUGAUACUUGUGAGAUAAAAUGUACAUUCAUAUUGUUGCAAAACCUUUUAGAAAACCAUAGCUUUCUGCUGAUUGACAAAUGUUUCUUAUAUUAAGAUUUUUUGGAAACCCUAAUCCUUCCAAUUGAAGUUCACAGAGAUGCAAUAGUGUGAGGUUUAUUUGUUUCAAAGUUACACUACUGGGGCUUUAAACUUGUUUUAAAAUAUAUUUUAAAAAUCAAUCUCAUUGGACCAUGCUUACCUGAAUUUAGUUCUGCCUUGUACUUACAAAGUUUCACUUGGUCAGCAGGCACUGCAAGUUAGUGUAAAGGAGACUUAAAUCCAGGUAAGAAUGUCCCUUUUAAGUUGGUACAACUUUACCUGAAUCAGUUUAAAGCCAUGGUUUUAAGAAAAGCAGUGGAAGUUUGAAUAUUUUAAAGACCUCAGCCACUUCAGGUUCAAGGAGCUGCAGAGUUCUGAGUGUGCUGAAUGCAUGUACCAAGCAGAAUUCAAGGCUUAGUUUCAGGAAGAGAGUUUUCAGUAUUCAGGGAGUCGAGUGAAAUCUGACCUUUGUGAAAUCAGGGGCAGAGCCCCUGUGACUGUUGUAGGGUCAGUGAUGGGUUUGUAGCAAUGAGUCCUGGAAAGGGAUGGGGACACUGUGGGUUUUUGGGUGAGUGGCUUUUUUAUUUUCUUACCUGAAGAGAUAAAUGACUAUUAAUUAAUAAGACCAAGCACCUUUAAGGGAAUUUACAUGAAUACUCUGUUAGCACUUAGUGGCCUCAAAUCUGAAGCACAGUUCCCAAAAGCAUUUACUUCUGCCCAAACUGGUUGCACUUGUCUGGCUGAAUCUGCAGAAUCAAGCUCUGGUGAGGACUUGAUCCCUGCCUUUUGCAGUUCACUUUGUUUCUGGGAAAGCAAUAGGGUAAGAAAUGGCAGUCUGUUUCGUUGUGCCCUGGGGAUCUAAACUGGCUAUGAAAUUGAGUAUUUUCUGGCCUGAAACAGUCUGACAUCUAGGCCAAGUUAUCCAAGUUUGGGUAGAAGCACCUAAUUUCAGGAAGGCUUCUAAAAAAAGCACAGAUUGUUUAAAGCAAUCUUUUAAAAUGUAUUUAUCUAGCAAAAAUGGCUUUAUUGUGGUAUUUUUUAAUAAGACUUACAGAAGGAGUUUGAAAUCUUCCACACCAGAACACCCUGACAGAAAUCAUGUCAGUGUAAUCUUUGUCUGCCAGGUAGGAUUUGAGCAGUGCCAAAAGCCAACAUGAUAAUUUCACAGCAGCCAUUCAACAGAAUGUUUUAUUGCCAGCUGAGGUGAAACACAGCCCUGUGUGCCUGACCCUGAGGAUGUUUGUGGCUGGUUCCAGAGUUCCAGACCUGCUCCAGUGCUCAGCUUUGCCAGCUGAUGUUUUCCAGUGGCCUGCCUGACAAGCAGUGCCAGACCUUGUUUCACAGAGGAGCCGUGCCUGCUGCUGAACUUGUUGUCCUAUCAGGAGAGGAGAGGGCUGCUGGGGCACUGGUUACUGCUGCCAGCCUGGGAUGACAUUUGCUGCUUUUUCAGAGCAGGAGCAUGUGUUUCCCUGAGGAGCAAGUCUUUCCUUAGCUCUGGUCAGGGUUGCUUUUGGCUGAUAAAUGCCGAGGGAACGAGGGCUCCCUUCACUUCACGUGUGUAGAGGCAGAUGCUGUGUCACAGGAGGACUUUGCAUGGAGCCUGUGUCAAUGUUGGGACAUUCUGUGAAAUCUCUCCCAGGAGCAGACAUCCCUGUACACCCAGCAGCCACCCACUUGCUUCCUUAUUUUAUCUUGCUCCCUUCUUCUAUCUUGCUCUUUGUGUUUCCAGGAUUGAGAAUUUUGCUUUCACUUUCUCACAAGCUGCAUCCCUCUGGCUUGGAAGGCUGGCUCACGUCCUGUUUCCUGCAGCACAGAAUUAGUGCACUGGGCUAGCACACACAGUGUGCAGGUUUUGAUCCAGUAGGCUGGUGGGAGAGAAUGCAAGGAGAUCCUUGCUUGGCACACCAGCCCCCGAGCACCUGACUCCAAACAGCACAACUGGGAAGUGCCCCAAGCCCCCGGGAUCAUCAGGCACUGCACAGGACCUCAGGACACUUCUCAUGUGUUCAGAGACUCCCUCAGGGGAAUUCUGCACCCUGUGCAAAGACAUGCAUUAUACAAUAAAUAGUUGAUCUAAUUAAGGGAUUCUAGAUCUGACCUGGGCUUUUUACACUUGUUAUACUAUGGGAGUUCUACUGAGGGGCUCGGUCGCAAGUUCAUAUAACUCAUUGACAGGUUUUCAGUGGUUUGGGGUUUUUUAAAUGUAUGAACAUGGGUUUGUAUUCAAGCAAAAUACAGUAUUUAUACAUAUAUAUACACUUUACCUAGUAAAGUAUUUGUGUUAACUGUUGUUAAAUUGAAGCCAUGUGGUAACCAGCUGUUUUCUGCAUAGGAAUAAAUUCUUACCAUGGCAAGUGCUAGGAUGUUAUAGAUGUGUGAGUAUUUUGGACAGUCUUACACAUACCUGUUUAUGAACUCAAGCAAAGUUUUUAGUUGUUUUAGCAAGGUAUUGUGAGUGGUGCUUGGCAGUUUCCUAUCUGUAAUACAUUGUGUACAUUCAGUAAUAUUUCUAAUUAUUGCUAGUCAUUUGAAAUUCCAGUUCUAUUGCUGAAUAUAAAGUCAGCUUCAGGGGGAAAAAAAGAGCAUGUGUGAGACAUUGAGGAGGUCAGAAAGUUCUGCACUGCAGUAUUUAUGCAUUUUAUUUAUUUAUUUAUCAAACACAGAAUGCUGAGCCCCUGGUUCAAGAAAACACUUCCCCAUGCUGGCAGAAGAUUUAGGAACCUUAUUUCAGGCCCCUCCUAAAGCUAAUGCCAGGUUUCCCUGGAUCAGGUGCCAAGCAGACUAAGCUAUUUAAAGCAUUGUUCCAUCCUUUUAAGUGCCCUCAAAAAGGGAUGAGACCUUCUCAAAUGGUUCUUUUAACUUCUAUUAGUAGAGAAGCUGAGAAAUGCUGGGAGAUCCAAAGAUGGUUCUGCAGCUAAUCUCUAAGAGUAGAAAUAGGUAAAUAGUAAAUACUCCUUGCACUUUUAAUACUUGCAAUAUUACUGUCACAAGGUACCAGUUGCAAUAACCAAAAUUCUCAUUUCAUAAGCUACCCACAAAUAGAUUUUUUUGUUACUGUUUCUUAGAGGGUUUUUUUUGUCCCCACUUUUCAGUUCCCCAGUUCUUUCAACAGUAAGUGAUUGGCUCUGGUUAAAUGUGAAGAUACCCCUAGGCCAGGUGUCAUGUGCCAGCUAAUGCUGGGGGCAAGCUGACAUUUAUUGUCCCAGCUUUAUGGCAGGGCUGCUCCCAUUUACAGCAGGCAAGCACCUCCCACCCUGCAGCCCUCCCACCACUCACAAGCACAACACUGCCCUAUUCCCACCACACUGGUUUGGUUUCUGGGGCUCAGCAGAUCUCCAGUGUAGAACAAUCUAUCACAUCAUUACUAUCAGUGUGGAUACAGUAGGGCUCACAAAAGCAACAGUGGAGUCCUUUUACAGACAGUGUACUGGAGGGAACUUUAUUUUGCCAGCUUUUAAAGACACUGGGGGGGAUUUUAGAUGAGAAAGGAAAAAAAAUGGAAGAUAAAGGCUGAUUGCACAAAGUACAGCCUCAGUUUCUCCUGAAGGUGUGUAUAAUGUUCAAGUUUUGCAUAGAGUGAGCACCCAUAUGCUGUCAAACAUGGAGUUCAGCUGAGCUGUUCAUCCUUGGUUCUAAGAAACAAGAACAACCUUUUUCUCUCAUGUUUCUCACUGCUGAGUCAGGACCUCUAAGUGUAGCAUGCCUUUCUCUGUCAUGGAACUGCCUUGUGAAAUUGCUUGUAGGUGAAGUGAGCAAGCAGAGAUUGAGCCACAACAGGUUUUUGAAAGAAGCCAAAGUAAGAUUUUUGUGUAGUGACUUCGUCCUGAUCAUUUUUUUUUUUAAUGGGUACCAGAAGCAAAGGACACAAAGUGGGAAUCUGUAAUCAUACAGCACCAGUGGAGAGCAAGUGCAGGCAAAAAUAAUAUAGCAUCACAAAAAGUUGUCUGUAAUUCAGAUACUGGCAAGUUUCACAGGGGUCACAUUUACAUGAUGAUUUUCCUGGAUGCUACUUGAUCUUUGCAACCCUUCAUCUUUGCUCAGGAAAGGUGAGAAGUGCUUUGUCCCUUUCUGAGGGAGAAGGGAGAGAGAUGCCUAACCCAACAUCUGCAGCUCUUACCCUGGCUGCAGAGGUGUGCCAGUCUGUGUACCUGAGAGCUCACUGUGCAGUGAACUUUGCAGUGCAUUGGAGAUUUAGGGAUAAAUUUUAGUUAGUGCUCCCUUGAGGAGCAGUGUGACUGACCUCACUGUCCCCCUGGAAAACUGGGAAUCCCUACUAUGCAGGCAGUAUUUGUGUGAGAUUACUAAUGGCAUGUUACCUUCAUCCUUGCAUCAGAUCUUUGCUUUCAAGACCGAAACCCUACUAGGAAGAUGUUUGUAACUCUUUGGGGGAUUUGGGUUUGGUUUGGGUUUUUUUUUAUUUUGUUUUGGGUUUUGGUUGGUUGGUUUUGUUUUUGU